GCCAUACAUUUGCCAUCGUGGACAGGUGAUUGAAAUUUACAAACGGUGGUCGUGUGAGGGCCUCGCGCUACCGUUCUUGUGCAAUUGGAUGUUCAGCAACUUUUCGAACUCAGUCGGAUGUUUGGUCACUCACCGGCUUCCAUUCCAUACUUAUCUUGCGACCUACCUUUGCAUAGUGAACUGUUCGUUGCUGAGUCAAUAUUUUUACCUGAACAUCGUGUUCCACGAAAGCAUCUCGCCGACCAGUCGUUCAAUGACGCACCACCCCAGGUCGUCGAAGAAGCACAAUACGAGGUUGAGGUUGAUGGUGCAGUCUUCUCAGCACUCUUAGAAAGUUUUCACUCUGGGCGGAAACGCG